ACGACGCCAUUCAAUCAUCGAAUCUUCGCAACUUCCUUUCUGCGAAACGCAAUAGCAAGCGCUGUAGGAAACAGUCAUGUCUGCUUGGGUCUGGAUUGCUGGUGCGGGUGCCGCUGCUUUCUUCGGUCGUGCAGCACUCGUCGCAUUACGAAGGUCAGGCGGUGGCGCCGGCCCAUUGGGACGUAGUUUCUACAAAGGUGGCUUCGAGCCAAAGAUGACACGGAGAGAAGCUGCUCUGAUAUUGGAAAUGCCCGAACGAGGCAUUACGAAAGAGCUCCUACGAAAGAAGCACCGAUCGCUCAUGCUCUUGAACCAUCCCGAUCGAGGCGGCAGCCCAUACCUAGCGACCAAAGUUAAUGAAGCAAAAGAGUUACUGGAAAAGGAAGUCAAAUAAGGUGGGAAGGAAGAGCAGUUGUAUAUCAAGACUUGUAUUAUAUCAUGGCCCGGAUCCGCUGCAUCAGCAUGGCGUUGGUUUGAUUUGGACAGGAAGCUACAUGGUCAUCUUUGAGGGCGACACUAGAGAUUUUCGAAUGUACCUGGCAGUAGGUCAGCUGUCAAGCUAUUGUUAAUACCCACAACUCCCCCAUUUUCGUUAUUCCAUUGCUCAUCCUAUCCGCCAGUAAUUCAAGCCAUGGUCAAGCUCAUGCAUCUGUAAACUAGAAGAGUGGUAUAGGUUACUAGCGGCAGUCCCUCAAGCCUUUUCCUACGCGGA